UUCGGUUCUCGAAAGUGUCCAGAACAUAUAAAGGCUGAGAUAAAUUAGCUUAACGUUAGCUCCGUGUAGCACCAGCGUUAGCGGCACAUGACGCAAAAUGAAUGAAGACCCAGUUCAAACAAACUGCAGUAAAACACUGCUUGUCCACCACUUACCAGCUGAGCUCAGCAAGGAAGAGAAGGAAGACCUCCUGAAGUAUUUCGGAGCUGAGUCAGUCAGAGUCUUCUCAAACAGGGGCCGUUUGAAACAUGCAGCCUUUGCAACGUUUAGGAGUGAAAAGUCAGCGGCAAGGGCUCUAAGCAGACUCCAUCAGUUAGAGGUUCUUGAUCAGACACUCAUUGUGGAGUUUGCAAAAGGCCAAGAUCACAUAACAGUGCUAAAGGACCCGCCUGUGUCAGAAAGUGGUGAAAAUGUCAAACAAGAGCAGAAGAAGCAGGAGAGCAAAAAGCCAAAUAUUCCCAUCAUAGAGACGGGCGUUGCACCGAGUCUCGGGUUGAAGUUUCAAUCAAAUCCCACUUUGAAAUAUUUAUAUCCACCACCCUCUAAUGGCAUUCUGACAAAUAUAACACACGCCCUCAUGAGCGUGCCAAAGUUUUAUGUUCAAGUACUUCAUCUGAUGAACAAGAUGAAUUUGCCAUGUCCUUUUGGCCCAAUCACAGCCAGACCACCCAUGUUUGAACUCCUGCCUCCUGCUCCACCCAUCCCCAUGCCUCCUCCCUUCCCUCCCGAUUAUCCCCCUUUACCAGAGGAGGAGAUGGAAAUGAGCAGCGAGGAAGAAUCCGAGUAUGAGAGUGGAGACGACGAAGACAAAGAGAGGAUUGUUCGUCUGAUGGGCCUGGUCAACCAAGCAUGCAAGCGACCCUUGAGACCAAAAACAGCUUCAAAACGAAAGAAGCCCAGGAUCAAGGAUCUACUCUAUGCUCCCAAGCCAGACUCUCAGAGUGCUGCGACUCUGCAGCCCUCGGAUGUGUUUGAGCAGCCCCACGCCGCUGGUCCGAGGAAAAUUGAGUUCCGCAUUUCAGCUCCGGAUGUAGCAGCUGCUGUUGAAGGAAGUAGGCCAGCUCAGCCUGAAGACGACGAAGGCAAAGCAUCGUCCAUUCAAGUGGAUCAGAACGAGAUCAAGCCCAGCAGCAAUGAGGAGGAAGCAGAGGCUAAAGGUUUUGGGAAGCUUUACUUCAGCACGCAGGCAUCAAAGCAGCAGGAGGAGCGCAGCGACAACGAGCAGGAUCUCAUCUCAGAUGUCAUCUCGAGGAAGGAGCUGGAGAAAGGACGGCUGUCAAGAGAUGAGAUAAAAAGGAUGUCUGUGUUUAAAAAUUAUGAACCUGGCGAGCCGACCUGCAGACUAUACGUGAAGAACAUUGCAAAGCAAGUGGAAGAGAAGGAGCUGAAGUACAUCUACGGGAGAUACAUUAACCUCUCGUCAGAAGAGGAGAGAAACAUGUUUGACAUUGUGUUAAUGAAGGAGGGGCGGAUGAAAGGGCAGGCCUUCGUCGGACUCCCCAGUGUGCAGAGUGCAGAGAAAGCCCUGCAGGAAACCAACGGCUACGUACUUUAUGACAAACCUCUGGUUGUUCAAUUUGCUCGAUCUGCAAGACCGAAACAAGACAACACAGCUACCAAAAGAGGGCCAAAACAGAGGUGAAGUCAGCAGAUACCAAGGCUUGAUAUUGUGGCCCAGCAGAACCAUUUGUAUCCUUAUUGUGUCAUAUCCUUUGGGGAAAAAAAUGAGGGGGGAGCGGUUUAACUGCAGAUAUUGUAGCACAAAUAUAUUAUUAUAGUAUAGCUUUUUUUGGUUUCUUUUCUUUUUCUAGCCUAUUGUAUCUUAUGUCUUUUUUUAGCACUGACUUUGUAACCAUAAGCUAUUUUUGAAUCGUAAACUUCUUCAUUGAUUUCUGCCCUUUUUGACUGAAUUUCAGGUGGAGGUCAUCAGAGCAUGUUUUCUUCCUUUCUGCCAUUAAAUACAAUAUUUUAUUAAAA